CGCAGCGUGACUCGUGUGCGGCAAAGAUGUCAGUGCCUCGCCGUUGCCUGUAGAAAUCACAGACACACUCGCACACUCGCACACUCGCACACCUUUCUCUCUCCUUAUUCGGAUAACUCUGUGCUUGGACAUGGGUCUGCGGGAUACCUUCAGGCAGCUGCGUCCGGACAGCCCCUCGCGCGUGGGCAGCAGCAGCAUUGAGCUGCAGAACAGAGCUGACAGGGCCAGGAGCAGUUGCCACCAGAAUCAGGUUGGCGCCGUGCAGGUCACCGAGCAAUCGCUGCAGGUGUGGCGAGCGCUGCCCGCGGAGAUACGCCAUGAUCCCAGCAUGGCCAGCUUUCAAAUGGAAAACGAACGCGUGCACGGCUCCUCUGCAGGUGCCAGCGAUGACUACGAUGAUGAGGACGAUGAUAACUAUGACGUCGAUGAGGCGAACCACGUUGGGCGUUUACAGGAUGAGCCCGGUUCCAGUUUUGCUGGUUCAGAUUUCCUGGAAAUCAAGACCAAGCCGGGACAAGAGGAGAAUCCCACCGAUGAUGAGGCGACCACAACGCACUCGGACCACGAUCCGGCCAAUGGUCCGGGUAAUGCCAAGUCCCUGGCCCGACGCAUCCACCACAAGUCCACGCGUUCCAAGGAGCAGCGCCAGUGGGACAAGCUGUGGAAGCGUCUGGGAUUGCUGCUCUUCUGGCUGCUGGCCGCCGUCGUUCUCAUCUCGGUGGGGGAGAAACAUUUGCUGGAGAAGACGCUGGAUGUGCCGCAGGGCGAACAAGGGAAAUUUUUCACUUUGGUGCAAAAACCAGCUGGCGAUUUUCGCCUGAAGAUCCAAGGCGCCUUCGAGGAAGACUCCCCAGCAGACAAUGAGAACGAAACCAUUAGCUAUAGCUAUCUGUUUGUGCAGCCGCAGGUGUCGGCUUACACUGGCGAGAACCACACCAAGUUGUUUCAGAACACUUUGCAUGCCUGGCAGCUGCCGCUGUUGUCUGAAGCUCAGCUGGAACGUGCACCGGCCGUGUCCAGGAAUCGCACGUAUCAAAUGAGCUCGGAGCUGAGCGAACUGCUGGGCCAGCCGGAGAGCGAGAUGCGUCUGCACAUCUACAGCGAUGCAGCCACAGAUCUGGCGGUUGUGCUCAGCUACAAUCCGCUCAUAGUCAACGCUCGGCUGGGCAGCAUUCUGGCCGGGCUCAUUCUGCUGAUCUUCUAUGCGCUGUUGGUGUGGGAGCUCUUCGAGCGACCCUUCAUAGCCAUGGUCUGUUCGAUUCUAUCGGUCACGGCGCUGGCUUGUUUCAAUGAUCGUCCAAACAUGGAUGAGAUAAUCCAGUGGAUGGACAUGGAGCUGCUCACUCUUCUCUUCUGCAUGAUGCUGCUCAUCCUCAUACUCACAGAGACUGGAGUCUUUGACUAUCUGGCCGUGUUCUGUUUUGAGAUUUCGGGUGGCAAGAUAUGGCCCAUGAUCUAUAGCCUCUGCCUGGUGACAUGCCUGGUGUCCAGUGUGCUGGACAACAUGACAACUGUCCUGCUGCUCACCCCGGUGGCCAUACGCUUGUGCGAGGUAAUGCAGCUGGAUCCGCUGCCGGUCGUCAUGGGCAUCAUUGUGCAUGCCAACAUUGGUGGGGCACUGACGCCCAUCGGGGAUCCCAUCAGCAUUAUUGUCAGCACCAAUCACAAUAUUGUGGAGAAUGAUGUAACUUUCCUUACCUUUGUGGCGCACACCUUUCCCGGCGUUCUGCUGGCCGUCAUCCAAAGUUGUCUGUAUCUGCGUCUCUUCUAUCACAACAUUGACGCCCUGCGGCUGAACGAACCGAAGGAGAUGCGCGAGCUGCGACGCGAGAUCAAGGUCUGGCAGCGGGCGCUCAAUGCAGUUGGCUCCUGCUCCAAGGAUGCGCAGCUGGUGCGAGGCACACUCCAGGGCAAGGUGAAGCAGCUGAAGCGGACACUGCGACGCCUGCAGCGGGGAGUCGGAUCCACAGAGGUCUAUGCCAACACGCUGGACGAGCUGAAGCAAAAGUAUCCCAUCAAGAACAAGACGCUGCUGCUGCAGUCCGCUGGGGCCCUGAUCUUUGUCAUCGUUUGCUUUUUCAUCCAAUCCGUGCCACAUUGGCGGACUCUGCCCCUGGGCUGGGUGGCCCUACUGGGUGUCAUUCUGCUGCUGAUCAUCCUCAAUCGUGACGACAUGGAGCAUCUGAUGCACCGCAUCGAGUGGACCACUUUGCUCUUCUUCGCUGCCAUGUUCGUGAUGAUGGAGUGCGUGGAGCGGCUGGGACUCUUCUCCUGCAUUGGCGAGCUCACCGAGCACGUCAUCCUGUCGGUGGACAAGCGGCAUCGCCUGGCCAUGGCCAUCUUCAUCAUACUGUGGGCAUCGGCACUGGCCUCCGCCAUUCUCGACAGCAUACCCGUCACAGCCAUGAUGGUCAAGCUGGUCACCUCGCUGGUGGCCAAACCAUCGAUGGGCCUGCCCCUGCAGCCUCUAGUCUGGGCUCUGACCCUGGGCGCCUCUCUGGGCGGCAAUGGGACACUGUACGGCGCCUCUGCCAAUGUCAUUGCCGCGGGCAUAGCCGAACAGCAUGGCUAUAAGCUGUCCUUCACGCGUUACCUGAGAACCGUGUUCCCCAUGAUGAUAGGACAGAUCACACUGAUGACAGUCUACCUGCUGGUGGCCCACAUCGUAUUUGGUUGGCAUUGAAAUAUGUACAACAUAAAUGGCUAUUUAUUUA